UUCGUGUGUAGCCAAUUUCAGCCGUGACUUCCCGUAUGAGCUGAAAAGGUCGUGCUGUUUCUAUAUUUCAGACGUUUUCAAUUGCUUUUCAAGAAUAGAACUUUUGUCUUGCUCAGAUGUUGACUCACUCAGGGAGAAAAUUUGAUUGAAAACGUGACCGCAAGGGAGAAAACAGGCCUGAGUGUGAUCGAGUACGUCAGAAGAUUGCGAUUAAGUGUUCGAUCGAAGCUUUUUGACUUGAGUGUUUGAGCAAUGGCUGAUGAAACAAGAGAGGAUGGUACUGGUCUCAUGAAUCAAGGAGAAACUCCUGAGGAAAAAUCCCCACAAGAAUUAUCAUCUGCUGAUGAUAUAGCUGCUGAUGAAUUGUUUGAUUCUUUUAUGGAGAUUGCUAAUGAUCCUAAACUCCAAGAAGAGGAGGCUAAUGCUAUAAGUGGAGUUGGAGAUGGAGUAAGGGAGCCCUCUGACCCUCCUGAUCAGAAGCUUCAAGACAGCAGUAGUGAUGCAGAGAAACAAGAUAAAAUGGAAGGAACAAAUAAUCCAGGAGAAGCAAAUGCUUCUUCUGAUCCUUCCAUCUUAGAGCAAAAUGAUUCUAAUAGCAUCACUGAUAAACUACAAACUGAUGCUCAAACUGGAAAAAAUGAUCAGAACAAAACAGAAAGUGAUCUUAAGGAUUCUUUGAAUAGAACACUUGAGCAAGAAGAAGCAGUGGAAUCUUCAGAUCUGUCAUCACCUGUUAAUGAAUCCAACAAUAGUGAGAAUGAACAGUCUUGUCCUCAAGGUAAAGAUGGAGUAGAAGGUGGUUCUGCAUCGUACAUUUCUGAUAGUGGUGAGGUAAAUUCACAUGGUGCACCUGAGCAAGGUGCUACAGAGGUACCAUCUGAAAAAAUGGCAAUAUCUAAUCAGAUUUGUGAUGAAGAGAAAUCAGUUGAUCAAAAUGGUACAACUGUUGUUGUUCCCUCAAAUCCAGAUGCAACAAGUAAGUCAGUAAGGACAGAAGAAAGUUUAGAAAAGAGUUUGAUUGAUACUGUAGUACAAACAACUGAAAGUAGUGAGACUGAUAGUGUUGACAGUGCUAAUGUUUCAUCGGGUGAUGUCCAAGAGGUUGAUAGUUCAACCACUACUGAUCUUGCCAAGAGCUUAUCAAAGGCCAUGGAGGAUCUAGCAGGGCUAGAACAGCAACUGUGUACAGCAAUGACUCAGAUGAAACAAUCAAAUGAAAAGAAAAUAGAAGAAGAAAGUGGCAAAGAAGGAUGCAUUGAGGCGAUUACAUCAGAAAAUGUUGACAAUGGAAACAAAGAUGAAGAGAGUUGUAAGAAGAUAGCAGAUGAAGUUGAUAAUGACAACAGGGAGACUGAAGUGGACAUUACUGAAACACCACUCGUUGAAAAGGAAAAUGCUGUAUCUGAUGAGCAAGUUCUACCAUGCAGUGAGGAUUCACAAGUUGAAGACAGCAGUGUCUUGGAGACUAGUAACCCAGCAGAUGGACAUGAAGAUGUAGGGCAAGAAGGUGAAUUAUCAGGAGAAGUAAGUAAUGCAGAGGAACCUUCGCAAGAGGUAACAGGACAGGAAUGCAAAAAUGACCUUGACAAUGCCUCCACUGAGAAGUCAGAUUCUGCAGAUGAACUUGACUUGGAAGUUGCAAGGAGUGGCAUGGAAGCAGCAAUACCUGAUAUUGAAAUUACAACAGACGAGAGUGGCAUAUCAGCAGGAACAGAGGAAAGCUCAUCAAACAGUCGACCAGGAACACCAGCAUCAAAUGAGGAUGGGAUAGAUUCAGACACACCUUCUGAUUAUGGAGAUGAUGAGGAGAAUAAUGCCUUUGGUACUGACAAUCCUGGAGCUUCUAAUAGAAAGUCAUGGCUUCUGGAAACAGACAGGGAACGCUUGUCAUCAGAUUCAUCAACUGUUUCUGAGAGAGACUUCCGUGACAGUUUUUCCAAAAGUGACAUUCCUGAUGGAAAAUCAAUGAAGGAGGAUUACAUCAGAGGACACUUGUUGAAGAUGGGUGGAUCCGGCUUAACCCCAAAGAACUGGAGGAAAAGAUGGUUUGUGUUGAGAAGUGACAACUGCCUGUACUACUACAACAAACAAAAAGAUAAAUCACCCUGUGGUGCAAUCAUCUUGGCAAACUACUCAAUAUCAAAAGCACCUGAGAUUAACAAACCCCACUGCUUCAAGCUGACCAAAGGUGGUGCAAGGACAUAUUACAUGUGUGCAGGUAGUGACGUGGACAUGCGCAAGUGGAUGAUGGCCAUGAUGGAUGCAAUCAAGGGGUCAUCUGGCAGUUCCAAUCCAUUCACUCUUUCGGAAGGAAGUGUCCACAAUGUUAGCAUUCCUGCCCUAUCAAUCAGGGAUCCUGAUUGCCAUGGUUACCUACAUAAGCAAGGCCAGGGUAUCAAGGUUUGGAGGAAACGCUAUUUUGUCCUCAAGGAUGGCUUUCUCUACUACUACUCUGACAUGUCCAACACCGUUGCCUUGGGCGUGGCAAAGCUUCAUGGCUACACAAUUCAAAUAGGAGAGCAGAAGGAAAAGAAAUACUACUUUAAAGCUGUUUCUACAGAUCCGUUAUAUAGGACUUACUUUUUUGCUGCCGAUAGUGAUAUGGACAGGAAUAGGUAG